AUGGAAGCAGUUGAGGACAUAGUCAUUGUUGGAGCUGGCAUAGCUGGACUUGCCACAGCUUUAGGACUUCAUAGGCUUGGCAUUAGAAGCUUGGUUCUGGAGUCGUCUGAUGGGUUGAGAACCACGGGGUUCACCCUUAUGACACAGACAAAUGCUUGGCGGGCCUUGGACGUAGUCAGCAUCAGCGAACUGCUCCAGCGACAGCACAGCCAACUUUUUGGACGAGGCCAUGAAAUCCGUUGCGUGCAGAGGAGAACCUUGUUGGAAACUCUAGCGAAUGAACUUCCUAGCAGCACUGUAAGGUAUUCAUCCAAGGUUGUGUCGAUCGAGGAAUCAGGCUACCUUAAGCUGGUCCAUCUUUCUGAUGGGUCAAUUCUCAAGGCGAAGGUGUUAAUUGGAUGUGAUGGAGUGAACUCAGCAGUGGCAAAAUGGCUAGGCUUCAAGAAGCCUUCUUUUGCUGGCCGAUCUGCCAUCAGGGGCUGCGAGUAUUACGAGCAGGGUCACAAUUUCGAGCCUAAAUCCUUUCGCUACUUUGGUGAAGGAGUUAGAUCUGGUGUCAUCCCUUGCAAUGACAAGUCUAUUUAUUGGUUCUUCACUUUUUCUUCUUCCAGCCAGAGUGAGUAUCUGUACUUCCUUCGAUAUGAGUUGGCUUUUGGCAAAUGUUAG